GGGGAUCUUAAUUCUGUGUUUCUCAGCUAUCAUUCUUGUGCAUUUCCCAACACUUAGACGGAUCCCAACUACUGUAUUUGGAAAGAAACCUGUACUGUGUACCAUCAACUCUGCCAAAGCCAUGUCUCUUUAAGAGGUAGAGAAGGACACUGUUGCUGUGGAAACCUGUGGAUACACUGCUUCCUCACUGGGACAGAACGAAAACACAAAAUCCUCACUACAAAUCUUUAGAAAAUAUUCCUAUUCCAUGGCUGCUGGGAAUCUGCCGUCUGCAAAGCAUGUGGCAAAGUCACUGGAGACCGUGAAAGAUACACCAGUUAAAAAAUUCCCAAAUGCAAGCAAGAGUGCAAUAGAGUUCCUUUCACUCAUCGGAACAGAUGAGAUCCAGCCCUGUCUUUUUGAAGAGACACUGGUUGCUGUCUCAGAGAAUGGGCAGACAAUAGGAACAUUCUCCAUCUCAGUAAAGUGGUCCCACUAUUCACUAGACGAAUGGUGUGAAGAAAACUGUUACCUGGUCCAGGCAAAAAGCAAAGGGACGGUUGAUAACAUACCCUGCACAACAUCUAUUACAGGUUAUGUAACAACGAGGCUAGAAACACUGGAGCAGCACACGGAGGAAAGCAUGAGAUUCAGGGAGCAUCCAGUGGAAACCAGAACCCAUGUGGUGAAACGCCAAGGCCAAAUGGUUGUGACAAAAACUGUUAUUGAAAGAGACGAAGAUAUCCACGUCAACAGCUCUCCUUAUAACUGUGAACUUCUUCACGGCCUAGUCUCAGAGUCUGCCAACCUCCUGGUGUUGCGGGUGAUGGCCAGGAGGCAGACUGUACCAGAGAAUGCCAUUUUCCUGUCAUUUGAUAGUGACCAUCACAUCUGUACCUCCAUCUAUAGGGCCUUGGGUUUCCAGAAGCAGCGGAUAAACAAGGAAGAAGUGGAUGUGUUUGUGAUCGACAGAACCGUGCAUUCCACAGAGGGGAUACCUCUGAACUGGCAGUUCUACUUCCUGUCAGAUGGGCAUUUGUCUCGUCGUGUUCAGGUUGGGUCCCCAGACAUCAUGUUGAUCAUGCAGAUGCCCAUUCUCAUUGAAAUAGAUGAACCAGACCCUCGUCCAGUCUUUGGGAAAAUACCCCUGGACUGGGAGGAGGAUGUGGAGCUGUAUUCCCAGUUCUUAGACAGAAAGGAAGAGUUGCAAGCAAGCCAUGCUACCUAUGUACGACGUCAUCCAGAGCUCAGUAACUUGCUGGCAGACUUCUUACAACUGUUGCUCCUUCGUAAGCCAGAUAAUGUGGUCACCUUUGCAGCUGAGUACUUUGCCCCCUUUUCAGUUCAGAACCCUCCAUGUCGGUCCUUUCAAUCAUCUGACAAGCCCAGCCCCUUUCGCAGCCGUGUCUGAACAGUCAGUGAAUAAUAAAACUCUGCAUGGUUCUCUGCAUGGACUCUGUUUCUGCAUGGUACUUGGAAGCUUUUUGUCCAAUGGAAAAGAUGAUUGUUUUACAGAGAGCAGAGAAUUAACCCGUUAUUGAAUAUUGGAGUAUUGGCAUAAGCAGAAAUACUUAGGAUUUCUGUGCAGAAUCCAAUUAAACUGAUGUGAAAGAAGUAACUAAUUAAAAUACCUUUGGAAUGUGACAUUUUAAAAAUAUCCAUUCCUUAAGAUAAUAAAACUUUACA